AUGGCUGACAUAUGGCAAAAGCGCGCACACCAUCCGGUAACUGUAACCUUUGAUGACAAACAUACGACGGUUGCAUCGAUUCCCUUUCCAGCGGUAACUAUAUGCCCAUCAACCCGAGUUUCGAUGAAAAAAAUAAACUUGACCGAUUUCUAUGAGAAAUACCAUGACAAUUGGCCGGAUUCGUUUGAAAACGCAACUAUUGAAGAAAAGAGUAGGCUAAGCGGCGCGCUUCACAUGUGCAAAUCUCCGUUGCGUGAAUUAUUUAAAUUCAACGAAAGCAAUAUAGCCGAUGGAAAAACCACUUUUCAACGUAUAAGUGAUAUUAAAUACAAUAGCAGCGAAGUUUUUCGAUCAUGCUAUUGGUCGGGUGCGCCUAUUGAUUGUGGUGAAUUUAAAUUUAUUAUGACUGAACGUGGACCAUGCUAUUCAUUUAAUGUGCUAAACUCGAACAAAAUAACAUCACCAGAAUUAUUGACGAUUGAUGGUAAUCCCGACGAAGGUGACUGGAGUAUGGAACGUGAACUGAAAAAUCUUCUUCAUUCAAAUGAAGAGGAUGAAUACCAACCGAAAUAUCCAUAUCAUCAUGUAACAUUAGAUGAUUUUGAUAGUCUAAGUUUAGAAUUGUUUUCCAGUCCGUUCAAUUGGAUUUGGAAUUAUAAAUGCGAACUUCCGAUCACGAGGAGUUUAAAAGUAUUUCUUCAUCGUCCCGACGAAAUAAAGGAGGCAUUCGAUCGGCCAUUUGAAGUUGAAGUCGGGAAAAAAGUGAUCGUCUCUAUAACGCCCAAUGUUAUUGUCACAUCCAAGUAUCUACGAACGUACAGCAGUCAAACUCGGCGUUGUUUCUUUGAGUCGGAACGGAAAUUAAAAUUUUUCAACAUCUAUACAAAAAGUAACUGUGAACAUGAAUGUUUGGCCAAUUACACUAUAACCGAAUGUGGAUGUGUCAUAUUUUCAAUGCCACGUAAGAUAAAAAUUCUGAAUAUUGAAGAGAAAAUGGAAUUAAGGGGAAGAAUCGUUAACUACUUUUUAAGGGGAGGAAAGCACACACGUUCAUACAAAUUGGCACUAUCCAGAUUUGGUAAUUAUUAUAGUUCACUAAUUCCAUUACUUCGAGAUCGCGACGAAGACGAAACCCAACAUAAUUGGCUGUUGAAAAAUUCAAACGUAUUUUACGACGCUGAACGUGACGAUAUACCCGAGACUGAUAUGGAUUUAAAUGGAUAUUAUGAUGUGGUUGUAGUGUCGCAUUCGGAUUCAAGUGAAGCUAGUGCGAAUGCAACGGCACAGCGAAAUGAAAAGGAAUAUGACACCAUAGAGAUGCGUUUAUUAUUCACCGAUGAUGAUAUUGAAUCAGAUAAAUUGUUACCCACAAUAGUCGAUUGUUUCUCACACUAG